AUGAUGAAUUGGUUGGCGGAUUUAAUAAAACACGAUUAUACGAUCAAUCCUGAGGAUGAAGAAAUUCCACAAAAAUCACCACUUUCUAUGGCAUCAAGCAUUGCAACGAAAAUUGCCAACGGUGAGAGUCCAGAAAAUGUCACCAUGUCGAGUAGUGCGGAGUUGCAAACAGAUGAAAAAGUUGGAAAUAAAGCAAUAAAGCAAGAAGAGAUUGAACUCAAGUGUGACAAAGUUGGAAAUAAAGCAAUAAAGCAAGAAGAGAUUGAACUCAAGUGUGACAUAUCGAUGAGGAAGUCU